GACGUUCAUCAAAGUGUCGCACCGGCAAUCACAUAAGCACGCUGACCUACAGACAGAUAAACACGUACUGUUUUGUUCGCUUAACCAUUUCCCGCCACUUACGAUGCUCGCAAAAGAGAAGAGUAUUGAUGUUGACGCGAGCUCACGGUGCUCAAACACCACAUCGAUGAAGCUCUCAACGAAAACACCACCGACAGAAAUUGACAAAACCGCGGCAGUUCUCUCGGGCACGGUCCUCAGCUCACAGAUUGACAACGACAAUCCUUUGAGCGCUCCAUUUCCAUAUUAA